CCGCAUUGCUGCGCAGCCAUCGGGCUGCUGGCUGGGGCACCACCACUUGGCUGGGGUCGCCUUCCUCUCUGCUGGGGGCUGCGGCACUGGGUCGCGGUGCCAGACGCUGCGCAGGAAAGUGGGGGUGCGACCCCUGGCUCGCGCAGCCCCGCCCCCAGAGUCAGCGGCCCUGCGGCAGCCCGGGGCCGAGCUCCGCCCUCCACCUCCCGCCGGCCUCGCCGCCUCCUCCCUCCUCCCUCGCGCGCUCCCUCCCCUCGGCCGGCUCGGCGCUGACUCCGCCGCACGCUGCAGCCGCGGCUGGAAGAUGGCGGGGAACGACUGCGGCGCUCUGCUGGAUGAAGAGCUCUCCUCUUUCUUCCUCAACUAUCUCUCCGACACGCAGGGUGGGGGAUCCGGGCAGGAGCAACUCUGUGCCGACUUUCCCGAGCUCGACCUCUCCCAGCUGGACACCAGCGACUUUGAUUCAGCCACCUGCUUCGGGGAGCUGCAGUGGUGCCCGGAGAACUCUGAAACCGAGCCCAGCCAGUACAGCCCCGACGACUGCGAGCUCUUUCAGAUUGACAGUGAGAAUGAGGCCCUCCUGGCGGCCCUCACCAAGACCCUGGACGACAUCCCCGAGGAUGAUGUGGGGCUGGCCGCCUUCUCGGCCCUGGAUGAAGGAGACACACCAUCCUGCACGUCAGCCUCACCUGCACCCUUGUCUGCGCCGCCCAGCCCUGCCCCAGAACCCGUGGCCCCAGCCUCAGAGGUGGAUGAGCUUUCCCUGCUGCAGAAGCUCCUCCUGGCCACAUCCUCCCCACCGUCAAGCUCUGACACUCAGAAGGAGGGGACCACUUGGCGCCAGGCUGGCCUCAGGCCCAGAAGUCAACGGCCAUGGGUCAAGAUGGACAGCGCCCAGGACAAGAAGGCCCCCAUGUCACAGUCUCAGAGCCGGAGUUGUACAGAACUACAUAAGCACCUCACUUCGGUGCCAUCAUGUCCCCAGGCAAAAGCCUGUUCUCCAGAGAGGGGCCUGCAACGGCCACUGCCCCUGAGUCCCCAGCUUCUUGCCAAGGAGGACUAUGCGAGCACUCAGCCAGCUCCAGCCUCUCACCUGGAUGCUGUGACACUGGGAAGGGCAAGCCCCUGUCCCCAGGUUCCCCAGGAGGACGUGCAGGCAAUGGUGCAGCUCAUCCGCUACAUGCACACCUACUGCCUCCCCCAGAGGAAGCUGCCCCCACAGCCCCCUGAGCCGGCUCCCCAGCCCCAAGGCAGCCCCUCCAGGCAGGUCCGGCCCCAGCCCCGGCCCCCCUCCAAAGCCUCCUGGGCUGAGUUCUCCAUCCUGAGGGAACUUCUGGCUCAAGAUGUCCUCUGUGAUGUCAGCAAACCCUACCGCCUGGCCACACCUGUCUAUGCCUCUCUUACACCCCAGUCAAGGCCAAGGCUCCCCAAAGACAGCCAGGCCUCCCCUGCUCACCCAGCCCCAAUGGAGGAGGUGAGGAUCACAGCUUCACCCAGGAGCUCAGGGCCCCGGCCGAGCCUGCGUCCACUUCGGCUGCAGGUGAAAGGUGUUGUCAGCCGGUCUGCCAGGCUAAAGCAGCAGGCGGAAGAUGAGGAGGAGGAAGAAGAGGAGGACGACGAAGAAGAGGAAGAAGAGGAGGAGGAGUGGGGAAGGAAAAGGCCAGCCCGAGGUCUGCCAUGGACCAAGCUAGGGAAGAAGCUGGAAAGCUCUAUGUGCCCUGUGCGACGUUCUCGGAGACUGAACCCUGAACUGGGCCCCUGGCUGACAUUCUCUGAUGAGUUGCUGGCCCCCUCAGAGCCCCAAGGUGCUCUGCCCUCACUGCACCUGGCUCCUAAGACCUGGAACAUGGAGGGACAGCUGGGCAGCCCCACGGAUGAGGACAGUGUCCAAGACCAGCAGCUCCUACGGGGACCCCAGAUCCCUGCCCUGGAGAGUCCCUGCGAGAGUGGGUGUGGGGACACGGAUGAGGACCCCAGCUGCCCACAGCUCCCUUCCAGAGACUCUUCAAGGUGCCUCAUGCUGGCCUUGUCACAAAGCAACCCUCCUUUUGGGAAGAAGAGCUUUGAGCAGACCCUCACAGUGGAGCUCUGUGGCACGGCAGGACUCACACCCCCUACCACACCUCCCUAUAAGCCCACAGAGGAGGAUCCCUUCAAGCCAGACAUCAAGCACAGCCUGAGCCAAGAGACAGCUCCCAGCCCCCACUCCCGUGGGGCCCUCCAGCUCACGGCUGCCCCAGGAGCUUCCCCGAAGCUGCCUAAGAAGCUCUCAGAACAGAGUGAGCUCCUGUCCCACCUUCGACAUGUCCCAACUCAGCCUGCCUCCCAGGCUGGCCAGAAGCGCCCCUUCUCCUGUUCCUUUGGAGACCAUGACUACUGCCAGGUGCUCAGGCCAGAGGGGGCCCUGCAGAGGAAGGUGCUGAGGUCCUGGAAGCCAUCUGGGGUCCACCUUGAGGACUGGCCCCAGCAAGAUGCCCCCUCACGGGCAGAGACUCAGGUCCCUAGGAAGGAAAAGGACCGAAGCUGUGAUGUCUGCAUGCCACCCAAGGACAAUGUGCAGCUGAGAGACCACGAGAUCCGCGCCAGCCUCACCAAGCACUUUGGGCUGCUGGAGACUGCCCUGGAGGACGAAGACCUGGCCUCGUGCAAGAGCCCUGAAUAUGAUGUCUUUGAGGACAGCAGCAGCAGCAGUGGUGAGAGCAGCUUCCUCCUGGAGGAAGAGGAAGAGAGGGAGGAGGAGGAGGACAAUGAUGGAGAGGACUUGGGGGUCAGCCCUCCUUGCUCUGACCACUGCCCCUACCAGAGCCCGCCCAGCAGGGCCAAUCAGCAGCUCUGUCCCUGCAGCCACUCCAGCUCUGGCUCCUCAUCCUGCCGCUCCUGGUCACCAGCCACCCAAAGGAACUUCAGAUGUGAAAGCAGAGGGCCAUGUGCAGAUGGAACCCCAAGUUUCCGGCGCGCCAGGAAGCGGCAGGAAAAGGCCAUUGGUGAAGGCCGCGUCGUGUAUGUUCGAAAUCUCUCCAGCUACAUGAGCUCCCGAGAGCUAAAGAAGCGCUUUGAGGUGUUUGGCGAGAUCGUAGAAUGCCAGGUGCUGACAAGAAGUAAGAGAGGCGAGAAGCAUGGCUUCAUCACCUACCGGUGUUCUGAGCAUGCGGCCCUGUCCCUGCAGAAUGGCACUGCCCUGAGGAAGCGCAACGAGCCCUCCUUCCAGCUGAGUUCGGGCAGGCUCCGGCACUUCCACUGGCCCCAACACUCUGACUACGAUGGCAAUCCAGAGGAGGCCCUUCCUGCAUCUGGGAAAAGCAAGUACGAAGCCAUGGAUUUUGACAGCUUGCUGAAAGAGGCCCAGCAGAGCCUACAUUGAUAACAGCCUUAACCUCCGAGGAAUACCUCAAUACCUCAGACAAGGCCCUUCCAAUAUGUUUACGUUUUCAAAGAAAGAAGUAUAUGAGAACGAGAGAGCGAGCAAGCAUGCGUGAGAGAACACACGUGAGAGAGACUUGAAACUACUGUCCUUUUAAAAAACAAAUCGAUGUUUACAUUGCACAAAGCUGCUUCUGUCUGUGAGUUUCCAUGAUGUUGAUGUUCCACUGCCACAUUAGGGUCCUCGCUUUCAAAAGUUGUCCUGCGUGCACCUCGAAGUGCGGGGUCAGUCACCCUCUGCCCUCCUGCCCGACUGACUUCCUCUCGUAGACUUGCAGCCUGUUCAUCAUAACAUCUGUCUGUAGUGUGUGAUGAUGAAAUUUUCACUUGUGAAUAGAAUCAGGAUUAUAAACUCAUUUUUAAUUGAAGAAAAAAGUAUAUCCUUAAAAUAAUGUAUCUAUGGCUCAGAUGUACUGUGCCCAGGAUUAUUGUAUCGCUUCCUUGAUUUUUAACUAUGCACAGUCAUGAGGUGUUUGCCAUUGAGCUGCGCUGCUCCCCUGCCAGAUUGCCCUGGAGGUGCUGAGGGUGCUGGUUGGCUGGUCCCCAGGAAAGCACAGCCUGCAGCCACAGCUAGAAAUGGAGACAUGUUUCUGGGCCUCUUCUGCCAAGUCCUCCCGUGACUUAUUUUGAGCGAGUUUGGGCCAAGUCGCAGUGCGAGCCCCCGUCUCAUGCCCAGCGCACACUGAAGAGCACGUCCAUCUAUUAGAGCUCAGAUCUCGUGUAAAGCCAGGGUAAGCUACUUUCUUUCCAUUUUCCAGGGGAAGCAGCAGUGCCCUGCAGGGAAAAGUGACUUGCCCAUGGACCCAUGGCCAGUGAGAAGGCAGAGCAGUGAUCCACCCCAGGCCUUCUUAUUCUGGUCCCCAACUGCUAUAGUAGCUGGGGUGAAGAUGCCAUGCUCGGGGACUGGUAGAGGUGUGUUAGACUAUAUUGGGUGACAGACUAGAAGCCAAAGGCCUCAUCUGGGGGCCAAGUCAGCAGUGGACUCAUGAGCAUUAGACAAGUCCCAGCUCCAACACGAGCCUGGGUGCACCUUCAGCUUUGAUCCUGAGUGGACACAGCAUCAGGGCUUUGAGGCAUCAGUGCAGUGGUACAGAUGGACUAUUGGUCUAAGAGCAGUCAUCCGUUGGGGGCCAGCUGCUAGCCCAUCCUGCUGUCUUCACUUUGGCUUCAUCUGUGAUGUAGUUUUGAUGGCUAGGGCAGGGGUGCCAGGAUGAGGGUGUGUGGCUGGGGACAAAUGCAGCGGUAUCCUUGCUCCCUUCAAACUUAGGAAACAUUCAAAUUGGGCUUUACUUCAAACUUUGUGUUCUUGAGUGGUGGCAAAGCCAUGCCCAGCUUGAUGUGCUGUGGGUACCUUGGAGGGAAAGCAUGGCCAGGCAGACCAUGAGCAUAUUGCUUCUGCUUCAGACUGGCUCAUCUUCGGUCUUUUUUCAUAUGUCAGAGUUCCUUGGGACAUUUCUGUAUUUAAGGAAAAAAAUGUCCCUACCACUUUAAAAAGUUUGAAAGUGAUUCAUUAAAUAAGCUAAGUUUCCUUUUGUCGCUGGCAGGUAUAGUCCUUUGAGAAUUGGUAAGCGGUGCCCACAAUCUUGCCUAGGUGAUGAGGGUACUCCCCACCCAUGGAAAAGGCUGGAGAAGUCAGCCUUUAGCAGGAACAGGGAAUUUGAGCUCCUGUGUAUCUAGUCAAUUGAUCACUCCAGAUUCCAGUGUGCUUUUCUGUGAAAUGGAUGGAAGAGGAGAAUUAGGCAGGUUUCAACAAUCGUAGCUUCUGUUAAGGAAGUGUCCAGCUUGACAGCAAAUACACAGCACAUGUGCCACUACUUGGACAUCCUUGGCCAAUGCAGACAUAACUAACUAGUCACAGCACUCCUAUUCCUUGAGCCUGGAUGUGCUGUUAGAAUCCUCAACACAGUGCUCUAGGCAGUCAUUACUAAUUGAUGCGUUUGUUUGACAUCCUGGUCUAAUCUUUGGAAGAUUUCCAUCAGUCAUACAGAACUAUAUGCUGGCUGGGUUUCAUGCUAGCUUGUCCCUGUCUGUCAUGUCCUGAUCAAUGAAAGAAAUGUCCCUAAAGCCAUUCCUUGGCUCAAGAUAGCCAGUACUACUGUGACAUACAUCUUUGCUUGAGGAGGGUGGAAUGGGAGUGAGGGGUAGUAGACAGGAACAUAUUUAGGGAAGGUAGGGAUUACAAGGAUGGACCAAAGAAAGGACUUUCCACAGCACAGGCCCAAUCAUUCUAGAUCUCUGUAUAGCUGCUCACUGCUUAGCACAAGGUAGGUGCAUCAUAAAUGGAAGGAAUAGAAGUAAAAUCCUUCUGAUGCCUCCACUAAGACCUGAUUUGCAUCAAGGAGCAAACAGGCUUCACCCUGUAGAUAGGAAAGACACUGGAUUCAGAGUGUGGAGAGCAGGGUGAGUCCUGACUUCACCAAAAAUUUCCUCUAUAGCUUUGCUCAGUUCUUUCCCUCCCUGAGCCUCAGCGUGCUGGAAGAAUUUGUCAGAUGAUAUCUUCUAUUUGCUUCUUCCUCAGUUACACUAGGCCAAGGGUUCUACCUUGGGCUGGUGGUUCCUUAAGAUAAAGAAAUGCAGAUUUUUAGGGAAAGAUGAGCCUCUCCCUCCCCACCUUUAGAGUCAACUGAAGCUGCCCUUUCACAUGAGUUCAGUGCCAGGCACUUGACAUCGCUUAGACAUUUGCCCUUGAGCAGAGCAGGGCUGAACAUGCUAUUGGGACCUGAUGUACCCAAGGUCAGGGCUGGGGCCACUGAUAGGGAGGGUGGAUGCCUGCCAAGGGCAUCCAGCAGUGUCUGCCUGACAUCCCAUACCAGAGAGACUACAAGUUCUCAAGUUGACCAACCCCGUAGACUACUAUCCGGAAGACUCACCCGGUGCUGUGUAACAUUUACCAAGGAGUCUCCAGGGUCUCUCCAGGGAGAGUCAACCUUGGUCUCUUUCCCACCAAAUUAAGGAGUAACCCAGAGGGAGCAGCUGCCAUUGGCAACCAUCUCAUCAUAGUUCUGUUCUAGUAUUUGUUCUCAAUGAUGUUUACAUGUGAUUGCCAUAACCGCUUCCUGUAGACUAUGUGGACAGCUGCCCGUGUAGGAGGCUGUACUGUCCAUCUCUGUGCCGUGCUGGUGUUUUCCAGAAAUAUCCAACCGCUAAGUGGAAUUCUUCCAUCUCCUUCCUCAGUCGGUACAGGCUGAAUCAGAAUCCCCACUCUCGGGGGCUCUGGUUACCGAAGGAAAAUGCAUCAAAUAGGUAAAGAAUCUGAGUGGAUGGAGUGCAGCUAAGAUCCCCACUCCCUUACCCCCAUGCCUUCCCCGCCCCUGCCAGAAAACUGCUUUUGAGUCAGAAAGCACCUGUAGGGGUCCCCCAGUACCCCUAAGUAGCACUUAGAAAAGCAGCAGGGCUCCAGGGGUAGACAGGAGAGGAGGAAUGCUCUGAGUAGCAGACUCAGUAUUCAAGUCCUGACAUGGGAAAAGAUAGUCAAAUGUCUUUCACAGUCCAAAACCUUAUUGAUUUUUUGAAAGGGAUUUCUCCUAGAUGUACGCAAUGUGCCUGCUGAGGCCGCCGUGUAGGUGGUGAGCAGAGGGACAGGGAAGGCGUUGGCAGCCCUGUUCUUCUGUGUGGAUAAGCCUGGUCCAUGAACCAGGCCUUGAAUGCAAUUGAAUGCAGCUGAGCCUGCAGCCUGAGAUGGGGUCAUCUCAACUAUGAAGCAGCAUCAACCCUAGAGAUAAGUUGAUGUGACUCACUGAUGUCAAAAUUCCAGUAUUUUUUUUAGCAUUUGAGAUUUAGCACUGUGGUGUUUGGGGGAAUGCUGUAUCCCAGUGUCAGAUAUGACCAAGGGGGAAGAAAUGGAAAUAUAUUAGCAAAAUGAACCUAAUGGUUUCAUUGGCCAAAGAAGAGGGACCCUCUCACCCCUCCCCACUGGGGCAGAAGGAAACCGACUGGAACCUAUGUGCAAUAUACUAAAGUUGUUCCCAAAGUCCUGAGGUGUUUGCACACUGCUUGCAGAGUCGGGAGGUACAGGGUAAAUGGAGGGAGGGCCUGGGAGUAGAAGCCACAUGCACUGAGAUGCCCUUGCUCAGCACAGAUGUGGAGGAAGGGAGCCCCUGGUGCCAGCUGCAGGGUGCCCAGGAUGUAGGCAGAGGCUGACUUUGCAUUAAGCAAUAGAAGCAUGGAGUCAACACUGAUACUGUAUACUGGCCCCGUGUUUCUCCACUGGCAAAGCUGGGUUUCCUUUGGCUGUGUAAGGUGCUGUCCCAGAGACUGGGGGGUGGGGGGGUCCAGAAGGGGGCUGGUGUGAGGGAGGAGAGGGCAGAAGAUCCUUCCAAGCAGCAGCAGCCACAGGGGAGCCAGCCCCAAAGCCAGCCCUUCACUGGCCUCUUUGCCAGUGAAGCCCUAGAAACAGGGAAUGAUAGAUCUUGGUGCCUACUUUUGUAGAAAGAUUCAAAACAGCCAAGCCAACCGAAAUGGGUGUUUGGAACAAACCAUUUAACUAUAAGCCAUCUCUGAGUGAGAAGCCCCAAGGUUUCUUACUUGCUGUGUGACCUUAGGCCCCUUUCUCCUACUCUAACAAAUGAGAUGCUUAAAAGAAGGUAUGCGCAUUCCCAGCCUGGAGCAAGGCAAGUCCGUCUCCCCUGUGAAGCCAAUUUAUUCUCUGGCUGUGUCCAGCUCCGGGUCAGGGAGAAGGUCUCUGCAAGGGACCAGCCCCCAGCAGGUCCAGUCCUACACAGUCCUGGCUGAGUGGCCUUGUAUGAGGAGGCCCACUCUCCAGGACAGAUCUAAGCCAUAGUUCCUAGUGGGGAUGGUGAGAAACAACCCCCAGCUCGGCUCAGUGGCCACCUCAGUCUCACAUUAGCCUUCUCAUUGUCCCCACCGAACAGCUUUUAAUGCGAAUGUUGUGACCACUUGGCUGUUUCUCUCUUGCUCUCAGACAAUACUAGCAAUACACUUGUUUUUGCAAAACAACUUCACUUAGGCACUUUUCACACAUUUCUUUCAAAUGACUGUAAAACAUAUGGGGCAACAGGAGGCAUGGAUCACACUGCAUACGUUUAGGGCAGCUUUUGUUUUUUGUUUCUUCGAUGGUAUAUAGCAGUAGUAACUGAGGCUUCGGUUUUGCCGGGGACAGAUUUUCAGAAAUUAGGUUUCAUCAGAACACCUUGCACAGCCAGAAGGAGUACAGAAAUACAGCUGCCCAAAUUGGGGGGAGGGGAGGUGGAAAUUAUGGGUUUUGUAGGUGGUCAGUCCCUGGGUUGUACAAUUCCUCCGAAGGUGUUCAUAUAGCUAGCACCUGCUUUGUGCUAUAUUAUUAUUAUUUUUUUUUGGUCAAAGGAUUCUCCAAGGAAGCCUUAAAAAGCCUCCUUUUUCCCUUUGCUGGCCUUGCUCAUGGGGGACUUGGGAAGGGCAGUGGUCAGUCGCCACCUCAGCACUUUGCCUUAUCAAUAUGCGGAUGCCAUCUAGUGGCCAAAGCCUGUAUCCACCAGCUACCCAGAUGGAAGGCAAGUAAAUCCCUUCGGCCUGCCCCCUGACUGCCCAACACUAACUUUGGGAACGGAUUAUAAUGGCAUGAGUGAACUGUGUGGGUGUUCAGAGCUCAGUGUGACACCGGGAUCAAAAGAUUCCAGAAGCAGUCACUUAAACUCUUGCACUGUCCAUGAAAUGCACUAGAUGUCCUGUGGGUAAAGACAAGAGUGGACCAGGCAGGCGUCUGGGUGUCUGGGAGGGGUUUGCUAUAACUGCAAUACUGGCAGCCUGGCUGCUGACCUUGUUAAGUGAACCUCUGCUAGGUGGCCACCGUAUACCCUUGGGACAAGGGAAGAAAGAGGUUGGGAAUGAGAAUUGGGGCAGAGGGUUGCUGGCCAGGACCUUCGAUAUGGUCCACCAAAUGGCCAAAUAGGUUUUGUUUGUUUGUUUUUAUUUUUGUAUUUUGUAUUUUAAAAUUUUGUCAAAUGUUUUUGUGUUAGGAAUAAAAAGUCAUAAACUAUUCCCAACUUUGUUUCUUGAGGGAUGUUUUGAUUCCGAUUGAAACAGGUUGGAAAUCUCAAGGGGGCAUGGUCUGGGUGGUAUGUGGAACAGGGCAGUGGAUCGCUUGGAUUUCCAGAUGGUUUCUGGGGAAGAUGACCAUCUAGAAGUCCAGCUCAGUGCAGUCUGCUCCAGAAGUUCACGCCCACCCCCUUUCCUCCCCAUGCCAUGUUAUCAUUGGCUUGGAGCAUCUGCUUCUCCCAGAGGCAGCUGCUGAUGUUGAAACCAAUACAAGCUCCCUCUCCCUGACCCCAGGUCCUUAGAGAUGAUGUCUGUAGCUAGCCUUAAUGACUGGGCAAGGUGGUCCCAUGGUCCCUUCCAGCAUUUCCAAAUCUUGGACUCAAAAUCCUUUUCUCUUGGUGUGACCAUGCAGCCUGGAGAAUUCUGAGCAAUAGGGAGCCAGGGCUUUCCCUGGCUCUGUGACAGGGUCAAACCAGGGAAUGGCUAAACUUGGAGGUUUUGUCAUCCCCAGAGGUACUACUGUAGGGGGCAUUAUUUAUUAGGAAGCUCAACAAGGUAACUACAGCCUGGGGUGCGUGAGUGUAAGGCUGUGUUUGUUGUGUGUAUGCGUGUGUAUGUGUGUGUGCAUGUACGUGCACUUGUGUAUGCAUGUGCACACGUGUCUGUGCCUGUGUGUGUAUAAUUACAUUGAUGCAUUUCUUGAGAAAGGUGCAAGAAUUUCACCUACACAGAGGGACACAUCUGCUUUGUUAUUUAUAAUAGAAAGCUAAAUUUUAAUUUUUUAAAGGACACUGCUAAUGAUUGAGAAUCGAGUUUUUAGUUUUGCUAUUUUUUUAAUUGGUAGAGGAUUUUUAUAUAUUUUUUCCAUUUUGUUGGGUUGUGUCCUUAUUUAUAUAAAUACUUUAUCUGUAAGAAGCAAGGAAGAAAUCUUCUUCACUUUUAAUUAUUGUGGUUGUCAUUGUCCUCAUUUUAUUUCUGGUGUGAUUUAUCUGUCUUAUCUUCUAAAUGAGAAAAUGUUUCCCUGUAUUUGUACAUUGUCAGAAUCUAUAGUUUCAUAGAUAAUUUAACCAAAUUGCUCUAUGUAUUAUUAUUCUGUGAGUAUAAAGUUCUAUUUUAAUGUCUGUAAAUACUUCAGAACUGGCUUCUUUUCUCAAGCUCCCACUGUGGAGUUAUUGUUUACAUCACAAAACUGUAGAAUCUCUAUGCUCAUGUACUGUAAAUAGUGAAGUGAUCUGCUUAUAAAUAAACUUAACAAAUACACUAUGAGAUUAAAAGACAAUACCACCCCA